GGCUGGGAAGCGCCGCCAUGUUGGCGUCGUCCGCGCUGUAUUGUCAUAAAUAGAGCCGGUUAUGUAGUGUUUUUACUACUCCGUUGGCUGCCUCGGCCGUGGAGAGUGAGAGAGUGUGCGAGCGAGCGAGCGAGCGACAGGCGACCAGAGGAAAGCGGACAAGAGGAGGGGAAGGAGCCGGAACGGGACUCCGGAGCGGGAGACACCCGCCGGUGAGGGAGGCGCAGGAAGCGAUGAAAGAAACGUCUGCAAACACCAUGCUGGAUAGCCAGCAUAAACAAAAGCAUUAUGGAAUCACUUCUCCAAUUAGCUUGGCAUGUCCUAAAGAAAUUGAUCACAUUUACACACAGAAAUUAAUUGAUGCCAUGAAACCAUUUGGAGUUUUUGAAGAUGAGGAAGAAUUGAACCACAGGCUGGUUGUUCUUGGUAAAUUAAACAAUUUAGUAAAAGAGUGGAUUUCCGAUGUUAGUGAGAGUAAGAAUCUCCCACCUUCUGUUGUGGCUACUGUUGGUGGUAAAAUUUUCACUUUUGGCUCCUAUAGGCUUGGAGUACAUACCAAAGGAGCUGACAUUGAUGCACUUUGUGUAGCUCCAAGACAUGUGGAGAGAUCUGAUUUUUUUCAGUCUUUUUUUGAAAAAUUGAAGCAUCAAGAGGGCAUUAGAAAUUUAAGGGCUGUAGAAGAUGCCUUUGUACCUGUUAUAAAAUUUGAAUUUGAUGGAAUUGAGAUUGACCUAGUUUUUGCAAGACUGGCAAUACAAACCAUAUCAGAUAAUUUAGAUCUAAGAGACGACUCUCGACUGAGAAGCCUUGAUAUAAGGUGUAUUCGCAGCCUAAAUGGAUGUAGAGUUACUGAUGAAAUUUUGCAUUUAGUGCCAAAUAAAGAAACUUUUAGACUCACCCUAAGGGCAGUCAAAUUAUGGGCAAAACGACGUGGUAUUUAUUCCAACAUGCUGGGAUUCCUUGGUGGUGUCUCUUGGGCAAUGCUAGUUGCAAGAACUUGCCAAUUAUAUCCAAAUGCAGCAGCUUCUACUUUAGUUCAUAAGUUCUUUUUAGUUUUUUCCAAGUGGGAAUGGCCAAAUCCUGUGCUGCUGAAGCAACCAGAAGAAAGCAAUUUGAAUUUGCCUGUUUGGGAUCCUCGGGUAAAUCCAUCAGAUAGGUAUCAUCUCAUGCCCAUAAUCACCCCUGCCUACCCACAACAGAAUUCUACGUAUAAUGUGUCCACAUCAACUCGAACAGUAAUGGUAGAAGAAUUUAAACAAGGUCUUGCAGUCACAGGUGAAAUUCUUCAAGGGAAAUCAGAUUGGUCCAAACUACUUGAGCCACCAAAUUUUUUUCAAAAGUAUAGACAUUAUAUAGUAUUGACUGCCAGUGCAUCAACAGAAGAAAACCAUCUAGAGUGGGUUGGAUUAGUAGAAUCUAAAAUCCGUGUGCUUGUUGGAAACUUGGAACGGAAUGAAUUUAUUACUCUUGCCCAUGUAAAUCCCCAGUCAUUCCCAGGAAAUAAGGAACAUUAUAAAGACAAUAAUUACGUAUCAAUGUGGUUCCUUGGAAUAAUUUUUCGGAGAGUAGAGAAUGCAGAAAGUGUUAACAUAGACUUGACAUAUGAUAUACAGUCAUUUACUGAUACAGUGUACAGACAGGCAAACAAUAUAAACAUGCUAAAGGAGGGAAUGAAAAUUGAAGCAACUCAUGUUAAAAAAAAACAACUUCAUCACUAUCUUCCAGCAGAGAUCCUUCAAAAGAAGAAAAAGCAAAGUCUUUCUGAUGUCAAUCGUUCAAGUGGACCUCAAUCCAAAAGAUCAUCUCUGGAUAGCAAUUGUUUGGAUAGCUCUAGAGACACUGAUAAUGGAACACCUUUUAAUUCCCCAGUGUCUACAAACAAACCUUCCAAGCCUGAUAAUUCUCCUUCAGGAGAAACAGAAAGGAAUAACACUGAACCUGCUGCUGUGAUUGUGGAAAAGCCAUUGAGUGUUCCGCCAGCUCAAGGACUAUCUAUUCCAGUCAUUGGUGCAAAAGUUGACUCUGUAGUAAAAGCUGUAUCACCCCCAGCUGUGUGCACCAUUCCUACUGUAGUAGGACGAAAUGUUAUUCCUAGGAUCACAACACUCCACAACCCUAUCCAGGGACAACCACAUCUAAAUGGGAUGGCAAAUAUAACUAAAAAUGUUGUGCCCAAAAGGUCCCAUUCCCCAUCUAUAGAUAUGUCUUCAAAGAGAUUAAAAGAUAUAGAAAAGUUUAUUCGACUUGAAUCAAAGUUUAAGGAAUCACGUGCUGCUGAAAACAGAAAAAGAAAAUCAGUGGAUGCCAUUGGGGGAGAAUGUAUGCCUAUUCCAACUAUUGAUACUUCACGCAAAAAGAGACUGCCCAGUAAAGAACUACCAGAUUCAUCAUCUCCAGUUCCAGCAAAUAACAUUCGUGUCAUCAAAAAUUCUAUUCGACUGACUCUUAAUCGGUAAAAGCAGUGCCUCCUUAUUUAGAUGCUGUAGCAUCCUCUCAUUGAUUGCUACAUACACUUCUCUGAGGAUCACGUGCUGUCAAAUUGUCAUCUAUAAUAUUAUGGCUUUGUGUUGGAGGUUUUACUGCCUUAACUUUUGAUGCUUAAUUCUCUACUAUGGGAACCAGUUCUUGGCUCUUUGGACACUGAUAAAACAAGUCCUGAACUCCCUCUCCCCCCCUUUUUUCCUUUUUUUUUUUCCUUCCUUUUUUUUUUGUUUUGGUCUUAUGUUGUAAUCAUUGUAUAAAAUUGAAAAAAUUGAAAAAAAAAAUUGUCUUGUAAUUUCCCAAAUGUUAACACAUUUACUUUAGCAUUGAAACCACUUUGUGAAACAUGAGAUGAAUGAAUGUGAGGUAUCUUUUCUGCUUUCCUCAUUUGUGUAGAUGUACUUAUGUCUUCUAUUGAUUUAAAUUAUUUUUUUCCAGAUUGGCACAUGGAAUAUUUAAAAAAAAAUUUUGUGUGUGUGUGUGUGCCUUUCUGUCCAAAUGUUCCAUAGCUACCAGGGAGGAUUAGUCUAGUGAUUACAUAAAUUUUCUAUAUUUUGCCUCCUAUGGAGGCCUUCAAAAUGCAUCUUUAUCAAAAUAGAACCAGGAUACUAAAAAUCAGUAUAUGAAUGGUGAAAUUGUUACAUAUCAUAUCUCAUGCCAUUCUUGUUAGCUGGCUGGUAUUUUUUUACUGAGUAGCAACUCAUUCCAGCAUUAACAUUAAGAUACCUUUAAGUAUGGCAAAUUUGUAGUUUUGAGGUGUAAAUUUAAAGUGGCAUGAUAAUUCCUGACCAUCACUUACCCCACAACUUCACACAUUUUCUUCACAGACUAGGCAUGCAGAAAUAAGCAGUGGAUUUUAUUGGAACCCAAAGGCAUUUUUGAAUAACAUUGUUACCAACCAUUAAUUGGCUCAGGACCUUUGUAAUUUUUAUUUAAUUAUAUGAGUUGUCUUUUUUUACACUGCUUUUUUCAAUGCAUUUCGUAAUAUUUUUUAAGUUUCAUGAACGCAUGCUCAGUUUAUUAAAAUCCAUAACCAUGUAAUUCUUGUAAUAUGUUAAUUCAGUGUUUUGUAAAUGAAGUCGUAUGUAUUUUCAGAGUAUUUUUGUAUGUACUGUAAGAUACCAUCUUUUCAAAGAGAAAACUUUAAAACCUU